AUGUGGGCUUUCCUGGCCCAGUUGCUGAUCGCCCUGGUGCUGCUGGCCUUCUUCCUGGUCAGCUGCCAGAACGUCAUGCACAUCGUCAGGGGCUCUGUCUGCUUCCUGCUCAAACACGCCCACCGUGAGCUGGACAAGGAGCUUGGGGAGAGCCAGGGGCUGGCGGACGACGAGGAGGUUCUUUCUGCCAGGGUCGUCCGCCGGCGUGUCCUUGUGAAGGGCAACGAAAUCCUCCAUCUCCCCGGAGAGCAGGUGACUGAGGAGCAGUUCACAGAUGAUCAAGGCAAUAUCAUCACCAAGAAGGUCAUCCGGAAGGUGGUGCGUCAGCUGGGCCCUGGUGACACGGGUGACAGGCAGGAGCAGGAGGAACUGAUUCUGGAGGGCUCCCUGCAGGAGCCCCAAGACCUGGAGGCUGAGGACGAUCACUUCAUGAAAUACUCCAUCCUGCACCGGGACGGUCUGGGGGCCAAGGAUCUCACCUCAACACCAAACCACUGAACUCCACCCAAGUUCUGACACAUACCUGAGAAGAGAGGAGAGAAAAGCAGAGAGUGGAGGGGAGCAGGGCUGGCUGUACAUGUUUCUAUAGGCUAAUGGCAUGAUUUCUGUAUGAGACAUACUUACCGUCCUAUCCGCAUGACUGACUGACUGCAAGACGCAUGAGCUACAGUACUUAAAACUGACGGAGGGGCCUCCGUCCCUGCCCCGCUGCUGCCAGGAGCCCAGCGACAGCAGCACGCACCAGGGGCAUCCUCUCAGCUCCUCUGGGAGACAAGAGCUGGACUGGCAGAAAACGAGAGGGAAGGAGACUGCACCCUCGUGCGUUUGCGUGUCUAAACGCAUCCCCACGCCCCUGCUCCAGCUGCAGGAGGGAAGCUGGGGCAGCACGGCACUGCUCACCGUGGAAGGAGAGGGGCUCGACCCCCUGUCGCCC